UUACGCAGCUGCCAGGACUCUUCAGGCUUUUCCCGCGCCCCGCCCCCCUGGCCUAGGAGGGCCACUUCCGUUCGGGUAAGAUGUCGGCCGCCAUCGCUGCCCUCGCGUCAUACGGGGGCUCGGAUUCCGAGUCCGACUCGGGCUCGGAUGCUGAAGGAAGGCCCGGCCUUUCCGCUCAGGUCGCCGGGGCUGACGCUGUGCUUCACUUGGCGGCUGCGGCGGCGCCCGCUGCGCAACAGGUGUUGCUGCCGGUGGUGGACUCGGCCCCAGCAGUGUCGGUCAAGGAAGAUGUGGAAACCGGGGUUCAUCUUGAUCCAACCACCAAGGAAGUUCAAUAUAAUCCAAAGUAUGACACCAUGUUUGCACCAGAGUUUGGGCCAGUCAAUCCAUUUAGAACUCAACAGAUGGCCGCUCCCAGGAACAUGCUUUCUGGAUAUACGGAACCAGCACAUAUUAAUGAUUUCAUGUUUGAACAACAGAGGAGAACAUUUGCAACUUAUGGAUAUGCACUAGAUCCUUCCAUAGACAAUUAUGAAGUAUCUACUAAAUAUAUUGGAUCCGUAGAAGAAGCAGAAAAAAAUCAAGGUUUAACAGUGUUUGAAACAGGACAAAAGAAAAUAGAGAAAAGGAAAAAAUUCAAAGAGAAUGAUGCAUCUAAUAUAGAUGGCUUCUUGGGACCUUGGGCAAAAUAUGUUGAUGAAAAGGAGGUUGCAAAACCUUCUGAAGAAGAACAGAGGGAACUGGAUGAAAUAACUGCAAAAAGGCAGAAGAAGGGCAAACAUGAAGAUGAUAAACCUGGAGAAGAAAAGACAGUUUUGCAUGUCAAAGAAAUGUAUGACUAUCAAGGGAGGUCUUAUCUUCAUGUUCCUCAGGAUGUUGGUGUUAACCUACGUUCGACAGUGCCCCCUGAAAAAUGUUACCUUCCUAAGAAACAAAUCCAUGUAUGGUCAGGUCAUACAAAGGGAGUCAGUGCCGUCAGGCUAUUUCCUCUUUCCGGCCAUCUGCUCUUAUCUUGCUCCAUGGACUGUAAAAUUAAGCUCUGGGAAGUGUACGGUGAACGAAGAUGUUUGAGAACAUUCAUUGGACACAGUAAAGCGAUUAGGGAUAUAUGUUUUAACAAUGCUGGGAACCAAUUCCUCAGUGCUGCAUAUGACCGCUAUCUCAAACUGUGGGACACUGAAACAGGACAGUGUAUUUCAAGAUUCACCAACAGGAAAGUUCCUUACUGCGUCAAAUUCAAUCCCGAUGAAGAUAAGCAGAAUCUUUUUGUAGCAGGAAUGUCGGAUAAGAAAAUUGUACAGUGGGAUAUUCGAAAUGGAGAAAUCGUUCAGGAAUACGAUAGACAUUUGGGGGCUGUCAACACCAUUGUUUUUGUAGAUGAGAACCGAAGAUUUGUGAGUACAUCGGAUGACAAGAGUUUAAGAGUCUGGGAAUGGGACAUUCCAGUCGAUUUUAAGUACAUAGCAGAGCCAAGUAUGCACUCAAUGCCAGCAGUGACUUUAUCUCCAAAUGGAAAAUGGCUUGCCUGUCAAUCAAUGGACAAUCAGAUUUUGAUUUUUGGAGCUCAAAACAGAUUCAGGCUAAACAAAAAGAAAAUCUUCAAAGGUCAUAUGGUGGCAGGCUACGCUUGCCAAGUAGAUUUUUCACCUGAUAUGAGCUAUGUGACCUCAGGUGAUGCAGAUGGAAAGUUAAAUAUCUGGGACUGGAAGACAACAAAACUCUACAGUAGAUUAAAAGCCCAUGACAAAGUCUGCAUUGGGGCAGUGUGGCACCCACAUGAAACAUCCAAAGUGAUCACUUGUGGAUGGGAUGGUCUCAUUAAACUGUGGGACUGAAGGCUGAACUAUAGACCCUUUUGCCCUCUCUAAUCAGACAAUUAAUACAUGAUAUUUCAGGAUCCAUAUGCUACAACAAAUAAAGUCUGAAAUAAGGACAUUAAUAUGACUGAUUCAAGUAUUCAGUGUUAGAAUGUGCACCCAGCACAUUGGAAAUCAGACAUUUGAAAUGUUGCAAAUCACUGCACAAAUUGACUAAAUAUGCUGGUCCUUCCAGAUAUUAAAAGAAUUAAAAUGGAGAGAGGUACCUACAACUUUUUUAUUUAAUGAAACGAAACUGAAGCCAAAGCCUCACAAACUUCACUCUGUUUUCAAAUGAAGAAUUUGGAAGAUUUUUUUUUUCAUGUUACCAUAAUAUUAAUCUAUUAGGAAGGUUUUUCUUAACCUGUUGGGAAUCUUAACACAGUUGCUAAAUAAAAUAGGAUAUUGUUUCCAUGUAUAUUUUAUAGAAAUUGCUACCCAGAUGUUUUUCGGCUGGGGGUGGGUGGGGGUUAAUAAAAAGUGUUAGUCAUGUGGAAAUACUUAAAGGUGUAAAUAAAUUGCAGCCCCCAGGAGAAAAACAGUCUGCUUUGUCCAGUCUUUCAGCAUAGAUACAGAAUCCACCCUAAUGCAGAGCAUCUGUCUGAUUGUAUCUGAGGAACCGCGUUUCAUAAUCCCAUAGAAAAAAACUGUUGUGUUUGCCGAUGCAUUAGUUUCAAAUAUAUGCUCAGACAUUUUAUCUAUACUGAUCAUUACUGCUUUUUGUUUCAUUUUGUAUCGUUUAAUCCUUAUAGAAAGUCAGACUAUCAUUCAAGGUUUUCAAUUUUAUAAUACAGAAAUUCAGAGAACACAAUACAGGUAUAUAAAAUGUUUAAGAAGUACUUUACCAAAUGUUAUUUCAGGCAUUUUAUCAAAAAUCCAGUCAGCCAAUGGAAUUGGUACAAUGGCAGCCAUUGCUGUCAGAUUCACGAUCAUAUUCCAACUACAGACUUGUAUAUAGGCUUUUAAAUAUGUUUAUUAUUUUUGCUUGUUUAUUUUACAAAGCAUGUUUCUUUUGUGCUCAACUACUGUACAGAUAUCUCCGUUCUUAUUUUUACAAAAUUAUUUUUAAUAAAUGCUUUAUAUAAAAAUGCAGGUUUUAACUUAGCACACCACCUGAAGCAUUGUGCAUUUUAAAAUGUUUGUUUGGUAUAGUUAUCACUGAAGCAUGAAUCGGUUUUACCUGAAUUUAUGGUAUUGGAAGCUUAUGAAAGAGCAGCUUUUUGUGGUGCACAUCUUUGGUGUCAAAAGUAGAGUGUAUGGCAGGUAUAUGUUGUUUCACAUUAAAAUGGUGUGCCGUACUGCCCUUCUGUUGGCAGAAUGCAUCUGUGUAACGAUGAACUCUUCACAACUUGUCUACACAUAUUCUGUGUGUGUAUUUUCCCAAAUAUAUCUCCAAAUUGGUUUUGGAGAGAAAGGAUUAUUUAUUGCUUCAUGUUGUGUAAGCAUAGAAAAUAGAGAAAGUGGCAUAAACUGAUGUGUAUGAACUAUGAAAGUAUCCUGAUCACCGCAUGUGCUUUUAUCUGAAAGUCAUUAUGUACGAAUUUCUCAAAUACCAUCAGGCCUACCACAGAAGGAUGGGUAUGGCAAUAGAGUGGCUUGGGAAGCAGUAUUAGCUUUCUCACAAAUUUCAUUUUGUAUUCAAAAAACACUAUGAACUCUCUUGUAUUUUUACAUAUUUAUAGAAAUCAAGGAGUUAAUAGAUUGUAUUUCUUGUAUGAUUAAUGUAUCAUUAUUCUUCUGUCCUCAAGUCAAGUUUGUAUGUAAGGGAAAAUAUAUUUAAUAGUGCAAAGGGCAGAAAAUAGCCAAAAUUAAACUUUUACUGCAAUCUGGCUCCCAUAUAAAAAUUGUUCUUAACUUGUGUCUGCUUAUGCUACAUAAUUUACACCAACUGGAAAUGAAAUUUAUAUAAGCAUGCUGUUUCAAACUUAUGGGCUUAGGUAGAUGAUCAGGUGCUGCAUUUUAAUAAAAGUUCAGUUAAUUUCACCUUUCA